AUGUCAACAAAAUUAAGCUCCAGCAGAAGAGUGAGUUUCAGCUCAGAUCAGGGCGCCGCCGCCGCCACCUCCGCCGCCAAGCCCGCAGCUUUCCCAAGAAACAGGAAGAGACUGAUUACCGUGUUCUGGGUUUUCCGGCUGCCAAAAUCCGGCAGAUUGUUCCCGGGAAGUUUCCUCCGCCGCAUCGGAGCGAAAGUGGUGAAAGUUCUACGAUACGUGUCUUUGAGGAAGAGAUCGGCGUCACCGGCGUCGUCGUCGUCGUUGAAAAGCGGGUCUAAUUUCAACAGAUCCCAUUCGGUUUCGGAGUCGAUGGAAGAAUCUCACAGAGCUGAAGCUGUAAAAGAUUGCAUCAAUUUCUUUAACUCUUCCUCUUCUUCAGCUAUUUGA